UCAAUCAUUCAAUUGAUUGAUCAAUUGAUACAUUGGCAAUCACAUUGAACAUUGAAUCAUUAUAAUGCUACAUUGUUGACAUUAUGAAUCGAAUUUAUCACCGGGAUGACCCUCAUCAAAAACUACACCGUAAAAUCGAUCAAGAUGGUGAUUAUUAUUAUAUUGAUAAUAAUUUACCAAGAUAUUUUCGGCCACCAUCGUUAUCGAUUGUUACAUUAACUUCGGAAACAUCGAAAUUUUUACAACAAUCACAACGAAGACGUUCAUAUAAUUCGAAUAUAUCGACUAUCGAUAUCGAAGAAGAACCGGAAGAAGAAGCUAAAGCUGAACAAAUACAAAAUGAGAAUGUUGCUAAUGAAUCUGAUAAACAAGAUAUAAAAACAAAGUCGAAUCGUUUUGAAAAUUAUCGCCCAUCAAUUAAACGGCGACAAACCACAACAACAGCAGACAAUGAAUCUUCAUCAUCAUCAUCACUUACAUCAAUAGUACGGCCAAGACGGAGUCCAAUCGAACGUCGUUUAUCCAGGAAAUUUUCCGAUGCUGACCUGAAAAUUCGUUCCAUUGUUUAUGGCCAAAAUGAUCCGGAAGAUACGGAGGAUUCAGAUAAUAAGGAUUAUGAUGAACAAUCACAUCAUCAGCAACAGGUACAAAUGACAUCGAUAAAUAAGGAAAUUAUAAUUCGACCCGAACAUUUGAAUAAUGAUAAUGAUCGGCCGUCGAAACGUUUGUAUGAAAAAAGUCGAUAUUCUCAUCAACAACAACCGAAUGGUGGCGGUAAACUUAUAAUACAUCAACAAAAUCGUCUUCGACAAUUUGAUGAUUCCAUAUCGAACAUUAUUGUUCCACGAUCAAAAUCGAUAUUAAAACCUCCAUCAUCACCGCCGAUAUCAUCAGAUCAGCUGCCACCACAGUUACAUUUAUCCAGUAAUCCAUAUGGUAGUGAUAUGGCAUCGAUUGGUGAAUGUUCUAUUGGCCAUUCAAGGGAACAUCAACAAAAUAACAAUCAACAACCGAAAUUAAAUGAUCAACAAGAUCAAUUAAUGCGUUCACGAUUAAUCAAAUUAUUAUCGAUCAUGUAUGCAUUAUUAUUGAUUGUCGUUGGUGCUAUAAUAACAAUUGGUGAUAUGGAAAAAGUAACCAAUGAUAGAGAUCAUCUUUAUUCAAUAUUUAUCACUGCCAUUGGUAUUGCAUUUCUUUUAUUCAUUCAUGUUGAUGUUCAACGUCAUAAACGUUUUGUUUUACGAUGGCAACAACGUCGUAAAGAAUUGAUUGAAUCUCCAUUGCUUAAAUCCAAUAAUGAUAAAAAUGAUAAUGAUGAUGAUAAUAAUAAUAAUGGUAAUACAGCAUUGAAUAUGGAUUUGAAUGUUGACAAUGGUAUUGAUGGUAAAGACUGUGAUUCAGUAUCCGUAACAACAGCCGUCAUAUUUAAUCGUGUUUAUCAAAUGAAUGAUGGUCAAAAUCGUUUGGUUGAUAUGGAUGAUGAAACUCGUCAAACAUUGAAUGGUUAUCGAUUUUUAACUGGUAAACAUUCUGGAAGUUUUUUCCUCAAAAUUGGAAUGACAUUAUUCUGUAUGGGAAGUAUCAUUCAUCAAGGAAUUAAUCUGUCAUUUCAAAUACAUUAUUUCAGUACAAAUGUUAUUGAAUGUCGUAAUGGUAUAUCAUUAUCAGUUUAUCUUUUACGAUGUAUUUCGGCAUUUUAUCAAUUAUAUAUUGCAUUCAAAUAUUCCAACUUGAUCAUAAAUCGUAAUCAAUGGAUAGUUCGUUUUGGCCUAAUGCAUCUUGUUGGAUCAUCAUUAUCAUUUUGGGUAUCGACCAUCAUUGAAGAAGCUGUACAUGGUUAUAUGGAAAAAAUCAAGGCAAUGAAUGAAGAAAAUAGCAACUAUGUUAUGUCUAAUACUGUAUUCUUACAUGAUGCAUAUAAUCAUUAUAUUCAAUGUUUGAACAAAACAUUAGUCGAUUUUGAAUCAAUUGAUGCAAUACCAUUAUUAUAUCCAUUUUCGGUUGAAUUCAAUAUCAUUCUUGCAUCAGUAUGGUAUGUUGUUUGGACAAAUAUUGGAAAUAAUGAUUCAAAUUCAGAGAUGCAUUCAAUGAAUGAAGAAUUGAAUGAAGAUCGUCAUACUGGUAAAAUUGAUAUUGUUUAUCGUUCAAAUGUGACUAUUUCGGCUGAUUGUCAUGCAUCAAAUCUUGGAAUGUUUAGUGGAUUUUUCUCACUACUUGUAACAUUAGUGACGAUAAUUAUAUUUUUCACUACAAUCAAACAUGAUCAAUAUAAAACAAUAGGUAUUGCUGUAUUCACAACUCAAUUAACAUUUUUAACCAUUUGUUGUGCAAUAACCGUACCAUUGGCAUUUCGACGUACCAGUAAAUUGAAUGUAGCCAAACAUUUGGAUUCACCACAAUCAAUAAUGGAUGAUUUUCUGCUUGUUAUUCCAUUGCCAUUCUAUUUUAUACAUCAUUUACUUUGUAUCUAUUCAGAAAUGUUACAAUUUACAUUGAACAGUACAUUUAUGGCAAUUUGUUAUAUUUUAAAUAUUAUACAGGUCACAUGGCAAACACCAUUCAUUAUUGAUGGUAUACGUAGAUGUUCAAAUGAACGACGUUUACGUUAUAAAAAACCGGGUAAACAAUUGAUCACGUUCAACAUAAUCAUCAAUAUUACCCUUUGGAUAUUAAUAACAUUUGAAAUGAAAUCUGUUGAUAAAUAUCAUUCAAUGGGUGCAAAAUAUGGAAAAUUUGUAUGGAUGAUUAUAUUGGAUACAUGUCUACCAUUAAUGUUAUUCUAUCGAUUCCAUUGUUCAGUAUGUUUGGCUGAUAUGUGGAAACAUUGCUAUGAAAAGGAUGAACAUUGAUUAAUGAUGAUGAUUGAUGAUUGAUGAUUGAUGAUCGAUAGGAAAAAAAUUGUUCAUUUUUGAAUA